AUGUCACGCUUUGUAUUGAGCUCAAACCACUUUUUCCUCUACGGCACCGGCGACGGGACCAUCGUAGUACUCGACAUGGGAAGCGACCUCAACAAUCCAGCCAGCUCCUGCGACAACUGGAAAACCGUCGGUAUCAUACCCUGCUUCACUACGUUCGACAACAACUCCGCAAAAUCAAUCAGCUACAAAGAUCUGGAAGUGUACGGGACGGCGAUCGGAGGAUCCACUCUGGAGAAAUUGAGGGCCGAUCUCUUCGACUCUCAGUUCCUGGUCAAUCGGGAAGGCUACCAGGUGAUGUACUACAGCAGCGACGGCUCGAAAGCCAUGGGAGUCGGAAAGUGCUCCUUCUGCAGGCUCAACAAUAUCUUCGGCUGGAGGAAGUACGGUGUGAAGCCGCCGGCGAUCACCAUGAUGUGGAACCGGUACGAUAGGAGCAGCGGCGAGGCGGUGGUGGAUUUGGUGGAAUUGAGGGAGAGGGUAAAGAGACUGGGGGUGGAAGUGGAAGAACAGAGUAAGGAUUAG